UGAUAGAGUUUGUUUUCAUGCCUGCCAAAAGGACUUGAAGUUAGCAGCACCAUGUUUCCAAGUAACCAUAUCUUGGCCAAGUACCCUUUUUCUUAAUUAAAUUUUGUGCAAUCCAUCCUAAAUUACUUGUUUUUUUGUAAUUUAAUUUUAUUCAAUUUCAUAUCUUAUAUUAGCCACCUAAUCUCAAUCAACGGAUCAAAGCUGUUCCAAGUUGUUUCUUAACUAUGACAAGCCUAGUAUUAUGUAUGGCCUUUCUCCUCCUUGAGGUUGGCAAGGUGCAAGGCCGAUUUUCAAGACUUGAAUCCAUAUCAGAAGUACUGGUCUCAGAUGGAGUUGAUCAUCUUGACAAUCCAUCUACAAUAAUUCUUGGUUCUGAUGGCUUGUCCUCGUCUUCUUCAGAAACCUGCCACCACUACUAUGGCUUUUUUCCAUGUGCAGACAACGUUGCAGGCUACAUAUUUCAAAUACUGAUCUAUCAAUACUUGUUGGUUGUUGGGGAAAAGUUUCUAACAAAGGGUAGCAAGAGGCUCUUCAACGUAUUUGGCACUGGCAUAUUUGGUGCUAUUAUUUUUCGCAUCCUUAUGGUACUACCAGGAGUUGUGGUAGUUCUCAUAUCUGGACUUUCUAAAAACAAAGAGAGUGCUCAAUCUUCGAUGGUCAUGGGAGUUGGCAUGCUAGCUGGAAGGAGUGUUUUUCGUCUUACAUUGCAGUGGGGGGCAUGUGUAAUUUUCGGCAGAAAAGAGAUCCAAUCAAAAUCAUCAACUUCCCAAGAUUCACAACCUUCAACUUCAAAAUGUUUGCUGGUUGAAGAAAAACUAUCACACUUAACUGGUUCUGGUAUUACAACUGAUAACAAGACCAGCUAUACAGCUGGAUUUAUGCUUCUGUCCUUGAUCCCAUUUACAAUACUGCAACUAUCCAAUAUUUUUGAAACAUCAUCUGGGAGUCGCGUGGUGAUUUUGAUUGCACUGAUAGUAUCAGUGCUGUUGCUACUCUCAAGCUUCGCAUAUCAGGUUUAUGAUCCAUGGAUUCAAGAAAGAAGUUUAGAAUACAUGAAGUAUGAACAUCUGCUUCUCGGAUUUAUGCAGCAUGUGCAAAGGCAUGCAAAAGGAAAGCUGGUUACUGAGGAAGGGGAACCAAACAUUCCUGAGAUCAGAAGAUUAUUCAAUCAAAUUGAUAGAGAUGCAGACAGAUACGUAAAACCUUCGGAUAUGGCAGAUCUGAUGCUGCAGAUUCAAACUGGAAAUGUGCAGUUAGACAAUGAAUUUUCAAUUCUUGAUGCAUUUAGGGCAUUUGACUUGAACAAGGAUGAAAUGAUUAGUGAAGAAGAGUUCAUCAAGGGAUGCGAAGAUGGGAUAAAUAGAGCCAAAGAGUUAGUUGAAUGUGGGGGUCCUAAAGCAAGAAAAUCUUUUCAACAGGUUGUUCAGCCAUGGAUUGAUAAGAGACGACUUGAACUUACCAAAAUUGAGUGUAUUAUGGCAAGAAUUUUGAAGCACGCUCAUUAUGAAGUACUUGAAGCCAGAGGCCUCCUCACUCAGGAUGGAAGACCUAAUCUAGAUCACAUAAAAAGUCUCUUUAAGCAGUUGGACAAAAGUAAUGAUGGACUUAUAGAGCAAUCUGAACUAAAAGAAUUGAUUCAAAACAUUACCUUCGGAACAGAACUGAAUCAUAAUGGGGUGGUGGCAAAAGUGAUGAAGGAAUUUGAUGAAGAUGGUAACCUUAUGAUAGAUGAGAGAGAAUUUGUCGAUGGAAUCAAGAAAUGGAUUAAUGAGGCUGUCCGUGUGUCCAAUUGCAAGGACUCAGAAAGGUUUAUUGAUGAAUUUGAUCAGAUUACUUGGAAACAGUGGAAAGAAGUCGAUUCAUUGGUGUAUGAGGUGGAAAAGAAAGAAGGCAUCAUUAAUACGUUUUUAUCGUGGGAUUGCAUGAAGGCGGUAUUGCUAGUCAUCUUGGGCAUUGCAAUUGUGACUUUUCUUGCAGGGCCUCUGGUAGAUGCUGUCUAUGAAUUAUCGGUUUCUGUACGCAUACCUACUUUCUUCAUCUCUUUUGUGGUAAUUCCUUUGGCCUUGAAUGCUAGAGUGGCGGCAUCAGCCAUCUUUCCUGCAAGUCAAAAGAAUUUGAAAAUCGCUUCCUUGACAUUUUCAGAGAUCUAUGGUGGAGUUGGUAUGAACAACAUAAUGACCUUGUCAACAUUUCUAGCAGUUAUAUAUAUGAAAGGCUUGACAUGGGACUAUUCAAGUGAAGUGCUGGUUGUUUUGGUGGUUUGUGCCAUUAUAGGUCUGCUUGCGUUCUUGCGCUCCACCUAUCCUCUCUGGACUUGUAUCUUAGCAUUUUUCUUGUAUCCAUUCUCGCUGGUGUUGGUUUAUGUUCUUCGGUAUGUAUGUGAUUGGAACUGAAUUCUAUGGGUCGGACUUGUAUCUUAGCAUGCAUUGUUUUCUUUGUAUAAACUUCUCUCUGGUGUGGGCUUUUGUUCUUCA